AUGGCACAAAGUCAAUCUGUAAAUGAAGAGAGCAACGGGGAACAAAUUCUAAAUGAAAAUACAAAUGGAAUUGAAAAUGGCUGUUCAUUAAGCCAUGAAAAUCAUGAUGAUCAAAGAACUGAAAAUAACUUUUCCGGAAGUCCGCGCCCGAAUAGGAAAAUAUUUGUUGGAGCAUUAACACCAGAAACGACUGAACAAAACUUAACUGACUACUUUUCUAAAUUUGGGGAACUUGUCUCCUGUGCUAUCAAGGUGUUUCGGGAAACUGGGCAUUCACGUGGAUUUGGUUUUGUAAUUUUUAAGAACGAGGAGUCUGUUAAAAAGGUCCUGAGUAUUCCUGAACACAUUAUUAAUGGCAAGAAAAUUGAUCCCAAGCCAGCCAAAUGUCCCAAAGAUACCCAAAGGAAAGUAUUUGUUGGUGGUCUUGAUCCAGGUGUUACCCCAAAGGAAAUUGAAGAGCAUUUUAGUAAAUUUGGCAAAGUUGAAGCUGUCGAGACCCCCUAUGAUAGCGCACGAAUGCGUCGUAGGAGUUAUGUUUUUGUCAUAUUUUCAUCUGAAUAUGAAGCCAAAAGAGCUGCAUCAGUUGAGCGACAAGAGAUAAAUGGAAGGACUUGUGAUGUUAGAGUUGCGGUCCCACGAGAGGUUUCGAUGAGGCAAAGAGGGUUAGCUCAAGGCCCAGUUCAAUUUACAUUUGCGGAUCUUCAAAAUGCAAUGCUCAACCUCUUCCUCUACAAUAGUCUAAACCAACAACCGGCUUUACAAAAUCACUUUGCAUGGUCACAGGCUACAGCUCCUGCCAAUGUGGCACAGGCCUCAAAUCGAAGUCCUUUCAGAGCGAGUUAUGAUCACCAACAACAGCAAGCAUCUGCUGAUAAGCUCUUCAGUCAAGCUCCAGCGGCUUUGAGUCGUAAUGACGCCCCGUGGUAUGAUUCAUCUUCUGUUGUUCGUCAACCAGCUCCUGCUCAAUCCGCCUCUGUGGGUUCCUCUGUUAUGCCAAGAAGUCAGCCUGUCACCGCGUCGACUCAUCCCUAUCUGACCUUCCCCUUUCCCUACCACUCGGCUGCCACUUUAGCUCCCGCUCCUCCCCAGCAUUUUUAUUAUCAAACUACCCCGGGAUAUUACUACCAACCCGCUCCCACCGCUCCCAUUACCCCUCCUGAUCAAGUUCAAAACUCCAAUGGGGCCCCUACUAACGGGGCGCCCCAACCCGCUAGUGCCAUGAAUGAUUUCAUGGCGACCUUAGUAACAGCCAAUCAGAUGGGAACCCCCUUUAUUGCUUCUCAAGCUGGCUAUCCGGCUGUUUCAAAUGGCGUCACCGAUAUGGGUUACUUGUAUCGACAGCAGAGUCACAAUCAACACCAACAGCAUACCCUCAAUCCCGGAGCUUAUUACCAACCUGCAGAGGGAGUCUUUAAUGAUCGAUCUAGCCACUUCUACAAUAUGCCUCAAGCUUCAUCGAAUAACAACACGGGUUGUAGUCCAUCUCCUUUGAAACCCCGGGGUCCCAAAUCUCAUCUUAAUGGGAUUAGGGGGUCUUCUCAAAAUGGCCACUCUGCUUCGACUUUAAGGGAGGCUGAAAAUGGUGUUGAUUCAACAACCACGACGAAUGGAGUAAACUCCACUCCUCCUCAGUCUCUUGAGGCACAGAUGGCCACUCUGACUGUGUCAGAAAUCUAG